AUGGGAGGUAAUUACAACUACACUAACUUUCGAGAUUGGAUGUACAAGAGGAUCGAUGAAGAAACGGGGAACUUCUCGGAAGAGUUCAUAUCGGGAGUAGAGCAAUUCAUGACAUUUGCAAACAGUCAGCCUCUAACACAAAGUAAUAAUGGUAAAUUCUUUUGUCCUUGCAGUGUUUGCAAAAAUGAGAAAUUUCUUCCGGGGCAAAAAAAUUGGAAACAUAUAUAUAGUAAAGGGUUUAUGCUCGACUAUUAUGUGUGGUACAAGCAUGGAGAAGAACUCGAUAUGGCUCUAGGAACAAGUUAUGCUGAUUCGACGCAUUUAAGUGGUAGUGAAGAUCACAUUGGUAAUGCAGUAGAAGAUAGAUAUGUGGAAAUGGUGAAUGAUGCAUUUCGUGAAAAUGUGAAUUUUGAUAACUAUCAACAUGGUGAUAGUUGUCAAAAUCCAGUUGAUCCGGAAUGCAAUCACUCGAAGAAAUUCUACGACUUGUUAGAAGGAGCGAAAAAUCCUUUGUAUGAUGGUUGCCGAGAAGGUCACUCGCAAUUAUCAUUGGCUUCUAGGAUCAUGCAAAAUAAGGCGGAUUAUAAUUUGAGUGAAAAGUGCGUAGAUUCGGUAUGUGACAUGUUGAUAGACUAUUUACCAGCUGGAAACCAAUCAACCGGUUCACAUUACGAGACAGAAAAGUUGAUGCGCAAUUUAGGUCUCCCGUACCAUACAAUUGAUGUGUGUGUUAACAAUUGUAUGAUCUUCUGGAAAGAGGAUGAAAAGUGGGAUAAGUGUCAGUUUUGUGAUGCACCAAGAUGGAAGCCUAGAAACGAACGACGUAGAACCAAAGUGCCAUAUAGUCGUAUGUGGUAUCUACCUAUUGCUGACAGAUUGAAGAGACUUUAUCAGAGCAAGAAGACAGCAGCAGCAAUGAGAUGGCAUGCAGAGCACCAAGCAAAGGAGGGUGAAAUGUCUCAUCCGUCAGAUGCAGCAGAGUGGAAAUACUUUCAAGAUCAACAUCCCGGGUUUGCAGAGGAACCCCGUAAUGUUUAUCUCGGCUUAUGUACGGAUGGAUUCAAUCCAUUUGGGAUGUCUAGUAAUCAUUCGUUGUGGCCAGUGAUCUUGACUCCAUAUAAUCUACCUCCUGGUAUGUGCAUGAAUCCAGAGUAUUUGUUUCUCACAAUUUUGAAUUCUGGGCCAAAUCACCCACGAGCUAGUCUAGAUAUCUUCCUCAAACCUCUAAUUGCGGAGUUAAAAGAGCUGUGGUCUACUGGAGUUGGAGCAUACGAUGUCUCUUUGAAUCAAAAUUUUAAUCUUAAAGCUGUUCUUCUUUGGACGAUAAGCGACUUUCCAGCAUAUGGGAUGCUUUCAGGAUGGACGACUCAUGGUAGGUUGUCUUGUCCAAUUUGUAUGGAAGAUACAAAGGCUUUUUAUCUGCCGAAUGGAAGGAAGACAUGUUGGUUUGAUUGUCAUCGAAGAUUUCUUCCUCGUGGCCAUCCACUGAGGAAGAACAAAAAGGACUUCUUGAAGGGAAAACAUGCUAUGAAUGAAUUUCCACCUGAAUCUUUGAGUGGUGAGCAAGUUUAUUCUGAGCGGUUAAAAGGUGUCAAUCCACCAAAAACGUCUGAGUGUGGUGGAAAUGGUCACGAUAAGAAGAAACCUGGAUAUGGAAAGACCCAUAACUGGCAUAAGGAAAGCAUAUUCUGGGAGCUGCCGUACUGGAGGGAUCUUAAUCUUCGACAUAAUCUUGAUGUUAUGCAUAUUGAGAAGAAUUUUUUCGACAACAUCAUGAAUACUCUUAUGAGUGUGAAGGGCAAGUCGAAAGACACAAUCAAAUCAAGAUUGGAUAUAAAACUUUUCUGUGAUCGGCAACACUUACAUGUUGAUAGUGAUGGUCAAGCUCCUUUUCCUCCCUACACACUGGAUGAGAACGCAAGAAAAAGUUUAUUGGAAUGUGUGAAAGUAGGGGUAAAAUUUCCAGAUGGUUAUGCUUCCGACUUAGCUAACUGUGUUGAUAUGGAGAAGCGCAAGUUUUCAGGCAUGAAGAGUCAUGACUGCCAUGUGUUUAUGGAGAGGCUACUUCCAUUUAUAUGUGCAGAACUCCUAGACGAGAACGUCCAUCUUGCUUUAUCAGGUACAAAUUAA